AUGAUUAAUACGAUUGUCUUCUUGGCUUCCAAACAUUCCCAAUAGUCUGGUAUAGUCUUGACUUUAAAAAAGGUGAAACCCCAAUGUUCUGGGAUGGAAGCUUGAUGAAGCACUUGAAGUAAGCAGUUCUGCAAGGGGAGGAGCUUGCCCGUGAACCCCAGUCUCUAUUGAGCUGGCAUGCAGCAGAAGGAGACGUAGUGCGCCAUACUCGUUCAAAAGCCAAUAGUAAGGGACACCGAUGCCUUGGCCCAAAAUAUGCUCCAGCAAUGUCAUGCUCCGAGAAAUUCUCUGCGGUGAAAAUCACACUGUCUGAGAGGAAAUCUUUCGAUAGUCCAGGUCUAAAGGAUCCUCUGCGUGAGGCGUAAGGAGACUUGCGUCCUAAUCUGGACUGCCAGAUCCAAAAUAGCGGGACCAACCCAGUGUAUGCGCUUCAGAUAGUAACACAGACUCAGACAUCCCCGGUUGAGUAAGCCAUGGCUCUGCCGAGUCACCAGUUUCUCCAUGGAGCUGUGAACUGGGAUGGAGAGCACUUGAGUCCCGUCCAGGUUCCUCAUGGCAGCGCGUGUCUCAUCAGCUCUUCAAAUCGAAAAGAGGACCCCUUCUAUUUUUCUGUGGACCCGACAGGGCAAGCCAGUCUCGGCAUCUCCGCCUUCAGGAGAUUCAUGACAGAUAUGGGCUCUCUGAACGGUACUGAAGACCAUCGUCCAGAACCUUCUAUUUACUCCAGACACAAACUCCUAUCACUCAAUACCGACACGGAUCCAGAGAGCCCGUCGCACUCUUCCCACUCAGACUCCCAACAGUUGCUAAGUCUGUCUUUCUCCGCGCCUUCCUGUUCAGAAACGGACAGUAAACCCGAUACGCAUUGUUUAACGCUGGAAAGCACUAAAUACCCAAGCCAGUGGAGUGAAAGCAGAACCAACGGGAGCAUCAUUACCACACUGAGCAUCAGUCAGAGAAGUAGAGACGACACAGAGCCAAACACUCUCCAGACAGACGAGAAAACUCACAGAGAGAGAACGCAAGACGUGACUUUAGAAAACGCUGCAGACGGCUGGCUGUCGGCGAAAGCAGGGAGGAAGAAGCGAUGUCCUUACAGCAAACACCAAAUCUUAGAGCUGGAAAAAGAAUUCCUAUUCAACAUGUACCUGACUCGCGAGCGCCGCCUGGAGAUCAGCCGGAGCAUACACCUCACCGACCGCCAGGUUAAGAUUUGGUUUCAGAAUCGCAGGAUGAAACUGAAAAGAAUGACUCAAGAGCACCAGACAAGGGACCCUGGCACAAAUUUCACUGUCUAGUUUGUUUUGUAAGACGGUAAAAAGACCGAACUCAGCGCACAAAUCACUGCUGUUAUCAUCCGUUGCGAGUGGAUUGAUGCAACUGCUUCUUCUGAUGGAAUAACGGGAGGAAGCGAUCAGUCACAUCUUACCACGGGGUUUCACAAUAUGUGUUCUAAAAGGCAAGUGUAAGGGAUAUCAAUUUAAAACCUCGCAUGAAGAUGAACAGAAAAAUGUAAUGAAAUAAGAAGACAAGUCUUUUGCUAUUUGAUGCAAGCUUGUCAUAUUUACACAGGCCCAUGAACAGUGUUUAUUGAUGUCCUUUUCUUAUUUUUAUUUUUUUUACAGGUUAUGAGUUUUAAAGCGGUUCUUUGUUUCUAUUUUAUUUUUUAGACAGGGCAUUUGAUAUUUUAGGUAGGCUGAAUAUUUGCGGACACUCCCGAGUAAGGAAAUAAAUAAAGUCCUAAAAGGAAAUCCAUUAUCAGAGGAGUUACACCAAUCAAAGGUACUGUUGUUUUGUUUCAAAUGUUGUUUGUUGUCUCGUUAUAUUGGUUCGAGUGAAAAGGCUCAGAUUUUCUUCUAAUGCUGAAGCAUGGUCGAAUGUAUAACUUAAACUAUGAUUCUUAAAAAUUCUGUUUUGAAAAGCAGUGCAUUUUGAAAUAAAAUUUUGCACUACGUGACCAUAAAACGUUUAGUUUGUGUAUUAAGUAUAUAUGGUGGUCACUUUGAAAAUUACUUUGUCUCCAGUGCUGUAAUUUAGUAGGCCUAUUGUGACAACGCAUUAUGAAAAAUAAGUAGACCUAUAAAGGUAAAAUUUAAAGGUGUAAUAUAAAGCUUUACAUUUUAAAUUAGGCCUACUUUUUUAUUUUUGUUUUAUAGAAUUCAAGAAUUCAAUUCAUGACAACAUAUAGCUUGGAGAGACAAAUAUUCUGGCAUGAAGCUUUCUUUAAUCUUAAAAUUAAAGGAGAAGGCAUUUGUCAAUUGUAUCCAUUACACAACUUUUAAUUAUGAGCAGAUUGUGAACUAGUAAUUAUUUUAUUAUUAGAUAUAUUAACAGAUUUUGGCUACUUGAUUUUCGGUGUAGAAUAGAUUGUAUAUCAAAAAUAUAUUUGAGUUUAAUUUGAACAAAACCUUUUGAAAUUCAGUUUGAUUGAUACUACGAUGUGGAGUCGUUAUCUUAACAAUAAAUUCAAAAUAAAAUAAAAUAUAUUAUUACUUUUUUUUUUUCAUUUUAUUUUGGCUAUCUAAUUUUACCCAUAGAUAUAUAUCAAAAAACAUAUAAUGUAAGUGCAUCACAAAUGCAAAUGAUACUAUCUCUUGGAUCAAUUUCUUGUAAAUUCAAAAUGGAGCUCCGAUUUGAAUUUUAGAAAUUAAGGUGAAGUUAUAUUUAACCAUCUGGAUUCAUUUCACGUUCUGCUUUCAUUUGCAUUAUCUCAAAUAUCUCAUGGUUGCAUUAAUAGACCUAUAUUUGAAUGGGCGAAACAUAUUGUGAGCGUAGUUGUGUUGAGUAGGCUACUUUUAAAUAUGUGCACUAAGAAGUGUUAACCGGAUAUAAUGGUGAAGGUAUGUGAACUUUAAGUAUGGAUGUUUAAAACAUUGUUAUGUUAUUUUGAACUGUGAAGGACGUUUAUUAUUACAUUUGUAUUGUGUUAUGAGACGUGCUAUAUUUUUGUACGUUUCAAUUAAGUGAAGAUAAAAUGUAUCAGUUGUU